AAAAGCUGUCGGUGCCGCCACCCAGUCUUGAGGCAGCUGCAGGGGGGGGUGGGGGUUCGGUUCUGCUGGGACCUAGAGGCCAGCCGCCGCCAUGCAAAUCACUCUGAAGACCCUGCAGCAGCAAACCUUCAAGAUAGACAUCGACUUGGACGAGACGGUGAAAGCAUUGAAAGAGAAGAUUGAAUUAGAAAAGGGAAAAGAUGCUUUUCCAGUAGCUGGCCAAAAAUUAAUAUAUGCAGGUAAAAUACUUAAUGAUGACACUGCUCUUAAUGAAUACAAAAUUGAUGAAAAGAAUUUUGUGGUGGUUAUGGUAACAAAACCCAAAGCAGCAGCCGCUCCAUCUCCAACUACAACACAGCAGUCAAAUGAUACUACCGCUACUGUUACUUCUACAACACCUGCUGCUGUGCCGAAACUAGUCUCUACUACUCCUACUCCUGCUCCUGCUCCUGCUCCUGCUCCACCUCCUGUUCCUGUUCCUGCUCCUGUUCCUGUUCCUGCUCCUGCUCCUGCUCCUGCACAAGUUUCAGUACCUGCACCCACUGCUUCAACACCAGCUGCAGCAGCAUGUGAGUCUGCACCUGUAAGUGCUACUGUAGAAGAAAAAUCAGCAGAUAAACCAGUAGAAACGCCAGCAGCCACCAGCCCAACAUCUACAGAAAGUACAAUAGGAGACACUUCUCGAUCAAAUCUUUUUGAGGAUGCUACAAGUGCACUUGUGACAGGCCAGUCGUAUGAAAACAUGGUGACUGAGAUUAUGUCAAUGGGGUAUGAAAGAGAGCAGGUAAUUGCUGCAUUGAGAGCCAGCUUCAAUAAUCCUGACAGAGCAGUGGAGUAUCUUUUAAUGGGUAUCCCUGGAGAUAGGGAGAGUCAAGGUAUGGCUGACCCCCCUCAAGCAGCCAGCACUGGGGCUUCUCCAUCUUCAGCAGUAGCUGCUGCCGCUGCAGCAACUACCACUACCACUACUACUACCACUAGCUCUACAGGAGGACAUCCUCUUGAAUUUUUACGAAACCAGCCUCAGUUCCAGCAGAUGAGACAAAUUAUUCAGCAGAAUCCAUCGCUUUUGCCUGCAUUAUUACAACAAAUAGGACGGGAAAAUCCUCAGUUAUUGCAGCAAAUAAGCCAACAUCAAGAGCAUUUUAUUCAGAUGUUAAACGAACCUGUUCAAGAGUCUGGACAAGGAGGUGGUGGAGGUAGUGGAAGUGGAGGCGGAGGUGGAGUAGCUGAAGCUGGAAGCCGUCACAUGAACUAUAUUCAAGUAACACCUCAGGAAAAAGAAGCUAUAGAAAGGUUAAAGGCCCUAGGAUUUCCUGAAGGACUUGUGAUACAAGCAUAUUUUGCAUGUGAGAAGAAUGAAAAUUUGGCAGCCAACUUCCUUCUACAGCAGAACUUUGAUGAAGAUUGAAAAGGAGAGACUUUUAAAAUCUCACACAUCACACCAGUGCAUUACACUAGCUAUUCACUGGAUUGUCUGGGAUACUUGGGCUCAUAUCCAUGAUACUUGGUGUUAAGGGGGAAGGGGGAAGGGGAGUGGGAAAUGGGAGAAGAGAGGAAAAUAUAGAAAGGAUACAGGAAAAGACAAGCACAUCUGUUUUAAAUUGCAGAUGCAGCAGAUCAAAAUGUAAAAUACUAUACACCAAAAAUUAGCUUUUUUUUUUUUUGCAGAUAUUUAGUUUCCUUUCUUCUAUAAAAACUAUACGUUCAUGCCCCCACCCCCCACCCCAAUUUUCACUCCUUUAGUAUACUAGGUCCCAAAAUUAGCGUGGUGCCCUGCUUUUGUUUCUUUUUAAUUAACAUUGGUCUUGGAGAUAGCAAAGACUACCUAGAAUCAACAGUCUGUAUUUCAUGGUAACACUGGAUGACGGCUUCAUAAAUUUUAAGAUAAAAUAUAUUUGAGUAACUUUAAAAAACAUAUGCCAAAAAUAGUAGGUGGUGGGGUUUUGCUGCUUCAGAUGUAUCUAAUUUUUGCAGGAUGCCCAUUAUUUCUUACUGAAGUGCUAGAUCUAAACCACUUAUUGUUUUAGAUUCUUGAUCAUUGAUUUGAGAGAACUUUUCCUAUUCCCUAUCCCUUUGCUCCUUUCAUAAUAAGUAAUAAAUAGAGUGACUAUAUACACAUAGGAAACAGUUGGAGCAAAUGCCAGAUAGCCUAAUUACUGCUUACUUUAAGAUUGGGUUAUAGUAAAGCUUUUUUGAAAAGAAAAAGCAAACAGCUGUCUUUGCAUGUUUUUGGGUUUGAUGUAUCCCUUUUUGUGAAUUGAGCACUUUUUAUUGCCAAUGAAGAAAAUGUAAACUCUCCAAUCUAGUGAAAGUAUUUAUGAAGAAAUCAGAUUGCAUCCUACCUAUAUUUUGUUGAAAGUCAAAACUGAUCUGAUGAAUACAGCUGCAAGUAUUUCAAAACUAGGUGUCUUUAAAUGCUUGUAAUCUUAUAGUUUCAAUCUCUGGGCCUCUAAAGGCUAUUGUCAUUUGUAUGCUUUAAUAAGGACUGUCCAGUAACUUGCCUUCUCUUCUGUUUAAAAGCAUUGUGAAACAUUUUACUCUUGAAGACAUGUUCAGAAAGUGGAAAAAAAUAGAUGAACAAUCAAGUUAUUGGAUCUCUAAAGAUUAUGCACAUCCCCUUUUACUUCCUAUUAAAAGUAACAUUUAAUUGUAA